AAAUAAUAAUAGAUGGCUACAAAAGAACAUUCAGUAUAUAAAUUAGUAGGAAAAGAUGAAGCAGAAGGAUUUGCAUGGUCAUUUGAAGGACCAAAUACAGAGGCUGUUUUGUAUCCAUUUAAAUUUCCAGUGAUCUAAAGUCAUGAAGUUAGAAUUCAAUAGACAUAUUUUGGUUUAUGUUAUACAGAUUGUAAAAUAUAAAAUAUAAAAUAAAAGGUCAUCUUGUAAAUUAAGAUUGGUUUCCAAUAAAUUAUCCAAGUGUUCCAGGACAUGAAAUAUUAGGUCGUGUUGUCAUGAAAGGAGAUUAAGUGACAUAAUUCUAAAUAGGUGAUUUAGUAGGUGCAGGAUUUAUAAGAGAUAGUUGUGGAAAGUGUAAAUAUUGUAUAUAAGGAAAUGAUUAAUUAUGUGGUUAAAUGGGAGAUGAACAUUUUAUUCCAUUACCAAAAUUUGGUGGUUUUGCUACUCAUGUAUAAUUUCCAGCUAAAUGGGCAUUUCCAAUUCCAAAUACAUUACCAUAAAAUUUAACACCUCCUCUUUUAUGUGCAGGUAUUACUGUAUUUGCUCCAUUAAAAAGAUAUUUCAAUCCUAAAAAAGAGGUUGGGAUAAUUGGUAUUGGAGGUCUAGGACAUUUAGCUAUUAAGUUUUCAGCUGCUUUAGGGAUGAAAACAUCUGCAAUAUCUACUUCUGCAGAUAAAGAAUAAGAAGCUAAAUCUUAUGGAGCUAUUGAUUUUAUUGUUUCAAAUGAUCCAUAAUAAAUGGCUAAAGCAUCAGGUAGAUUUGAUAUUAUUUUAAAUUGUGCACAUGCUAGUACUGUUGAUGAAUUUAUAGCUUAAACUAAUCUAUUAAAAAAUGGAGGAGAUUUUAUUAUGGUUGGAAUCCCUGCUGUUAAUAAAGUUGAAUUAUAAUUACCAUUCUUUUAAUUAGUCUGCAGAUAAAUUUCAUUUAUUGGAUCUUUAGUUGGAUCCAGAUAAGUAAUUAUAUAUAUUAUUUUUAUAGGAAAAUUAUGAAAUGAUUUCAUUUGCUAAUUAACAUAAAAUUUAUCCAACUUGUGAAGAAUUUGAAUUCCACAACUUUAAAAAUGCUUAUGAUAAAUUACUUAAUGGAAGACCUAAAUAUAGAUGUGUUGUUAAAGUUGGCAAUGCACCUGAAACAUUAAAAUUAUGAGUUUUUAAAAUUAUACAUAUUAAAUUAAUUCAUUAUAU